UCAGAGACGAAAGGAGGCAGCAGGAGCAAGCGGCGGCCGUCAUGGAUCCAUCAUCGUCGAACACAAACAAAGCGUUAACGGAGACGCGUUUCUCCGACCUCGAGCCUCCCCUCUCCGAAGACAUCAUCGAGGCCCUCGACCGGUCCGGUUUCGAGUUCUGCACUCCGGUUCAGGCCGCGACGAUUCCUUUGCUCUGCCGCCACAAGGAUGUCGCCGUCGACGCCGCCACCGGCUCGGGAAAAACCCUAGCUUUCGUCUUACCAUUAAUAGAGAUUCUCCGCCGCUCCACCUCUUACCCUCCCAAGGCUCACCAGGUUAUGGGGGUGAUUAUAUCGCCGACAAGAGAGUUAUCAACGCAGAUAUACAACGUGGCACAGCCAUUUGUCUCCACUUUGCCGAAUGUGAACUCUGUGCUGCUCGUUGGAGGCCGAGAGGUGAAGUCCGACAUGAGCACUAUAGAAGAAGGAGGAUGCAAUCUCUUGAUCGGCACACCUGGAAGGCUCUCUGAUAUAAUGGAACGAAUGGAGAUUCUCGAUUUCAGAAACCUUGAGAUUCUUAUCUUAGAUGAAGCAGAUAGGCUAUUGGAGAUGGGGUUCCAGAAGCAGGUGAACAGCAUCAUAUCUCGCUUGCCGAAGCAGCGUAGGACUGGUCUCUUUUCAGCUACACAGACCGAAGGUGUUGAAGAGCUGGCCAAGGCUGGGCUUAGGAACCCUGUGAGAGUUGAAGUUCGAGCUGAGUCAAAGUCUGAAUCAUCAUCCCAGCAAUUAACAAACUCCAAAGUGCCUUCUGGUCUUCACCUUGAGUAUUUGGUAUGCGAAGCAGAUAAGAAGUCAUCGCAACUAGUGGAUCUCCUCGUCGAGAAUGCAAAGAGAAAGCUUAUAGUAUACUUUAUGACUUGUGCUUCUGUUGAUUACUGGGGACUAGUGCUUUCGAAAAUCCCUGCUCUGAAGUCCAUUUCUUUAAUCCCUAUCCAUGGGGAUAUGAAGCAGAAUGCAAGAGACAAGGCGUUAGCUUCGUUUACUGAAGCAUCAAGCGGUGUCCUUUUGUGCACUGAUGUGGCUGCACGUGGACUUGAUAUUCCAGGCAUUGAUUACGUAGUUCAGUAUGAUCCUCCACAAGACCCUAAUAUGUUCAACCAUAGAGUUGGCAGAACUGCAAGACUGGGAAAAGAAGGAAGAGCCAUCGUUUUUUUACUGCCUGAGGAAGAAGACUAUGUAGAGUUUAUGCGGAGAAGAGGGGUCCCUUGUCAAGAGAAAGAAUGUUCUGAGGAAGCAUCUGAUGUCAUCCCUAUAAUACGGUCACUAGCCAUGAAGGACAGGGCAGUGUUGGAGAAGGGACUAAAGGCGUUUGUUUCCUUUGUCCGUGGUUAUAAGGAGCAUCACUGCUCUUACAUUUUCAGAUGGAAAAGCCUAGAAAUAGGAAAGUUAGCAAUGGGAUAUGGACUCUUGUAUCUUCCUUCAAUGUCUGAAGUCAAACAACACAGACUCUCCAGUGAGGGUUUCACACCUGUUGCAGACGUCAAGUUUGAGGACAUCAAGUUCAAGGACAAAUCUAGGGAGAAGCAGAGGAAGCAGAACAUGCAAGCAAGGAAAGAGAAACGGCAACAAGAGAAAAAGGAGAAAGGCAAGAAGAACUCGAAAAAGGCGGUUGUUGCUGCUGCCGCAGAUUCUAACAAGAGGAAGUUGACAGGAAAGCAGAGACAAACCAUCCAAACCGCGGAAGAUGAAGAAGAGAUGGCUCGAGAUUAUCGGUUACUUAAGAAACUCAAGAAAGGUUCUAUUAAAGAAGAUGAUUUUGCUAAACUUACAGGAGCUGAUGACUUCUAAUCUCAUUAGAAUAAGAAAACAAACCAUUUUGAAAUUUUGCAGAAGACCUCUCUGUCUCAGUUUUGUAACCUCACACAUUUUUCCUCCUUUUCCAACGACAUCAACGGCCGUGAUUUAA